CUUUUACAAAUAUGUCUUUUGCAACAAUGCACCUUUCUACAAACGAAGCCUAAUCUAUCAAAUGCUGUGAUUUUUGUCUUAUUGGGUUGGCAACUAAGUGAUUGCGGAUUUUGUCAUUAGCUAGCAAUGGGUUGGGUUGGGUUGCCAACCCAAUAAAAGAACAAAUGUGGUGCAUCUAUUAUUUCUUUACGAAACGAAAGAAACUUUUGGCUGAACAUAAUAUACCGAAAACUAUCAAGCGCCAAUAAUUAUCUAAUUAUUAUUUUAUUCGAUAAGUUACGAUAAUAAGCAAAUACGUGCAUCAUCAUACGAACAAUAAAUGUAACGCCUAAUUUCUUCAAAACGCUGAAACAACGCAGACAUUGUCCAUUUACGAUUGUUAGAACGAUAGAACAAAUCUAUUUAAUGGGAAUGCAACGAUCGAUAUACAACGCUUCUAGAAUAGAGUCGUUACAAUCAAACGUAUCCGCUAGAAUUACUUCGACGAAAUCAUUUGCACACGAUCGCCGACGAUGCAUUUACGAACUUAACGAGCCUUCGAGUAUUGGAGCUCGAUGACAAUUAUUUAACAAAAAUUCCGACCGCGAUCGUUAAGCUCUCUGGCCUUGAAGACCUGUAAGUGUGCAUCGAUUAAGUAAAAUGUAAUUUGACAACUUUUUUUUACAUUCUAUGAAUACUACUUCCUUAUCGAGCCGCGUCUCCUUCGACCGGAUAGUUAUAUCAUCGCGAUUUUAUCUCCAUAAUGAGAGAUUUCCCGUUUUCUUAACGAAAAUUGUUCGCCUAAGCGUACCAACCAUUAUCACUCUGCAUUGCUGGGAAAUCUUAUCGGGACCGCACCUUGAGAUUUAAAUUGAACAAUAAAAAGACUUCUAAACUUUUUCAUCUAACUUCCUGCUUUAUCUUUUGUCUCGUUUUUUAACUGAAAGUUUGUUACUGCGGCGAACAAACUUCCCUUCGCAAAGGAAAAUAGGACAAAGAAAAUGUCGUGUUUUAAUAAAAAAAGAGAGGAAAAAGCGAAUCAACGAAACUCGUUUCUCAUCGGUGAAAAGAAAAUAAAGAAUCGUAAUUUAUCUGGAAGUCAGAACCGAAGAAUGCUGGAACAAAAAUUCAAUGUAUGUACUAUCGGUAAUGUCACGCGCAAAAUUUCCAAAAUUCAUCCGAAACUAAAAAAACGAUCAAAGCGAUUUAUGCAGAGUGAUCAUGAUCGUUAUGAUUCCGUGGAAUAUCCUUUUCCUCGAUCUUUCUGCUUUUCUAUUGCCGAUGUAUGGUUAAGAAGAUAAUGACAAAAUUUUAAAAAUUGCUGAAACAAGCGAAACCGCGAAAGAGAGAUCGACGCCGGUCCUUUUGUUUUCCGUUUUCACCGAAGGGAAGGAAGCCAAGAAAGUCGUAUUCGUGUAUGUUCCGUCGGUUCCGUAGGUCCCUGUCGAACAACCGGAUCGAAACACUGGAGGAACACGUGUUUCAGCGUGUCACUAAUUUAUUGUCGCUCGAUCUACGCGGAAAUCCGAUCAAGGAAAUACACGGCAACACCUUCCGCAAUCUAUACAAGCUCCGUAAAUUGAUUCUUUCGAAUCUGAAAGAAUUACGGAUAUUCCCGAAUCUAAAUGGGACAAAAUCGCUGGAGGUAUUGAGGUUAGAUCGAGCACAAGUGACGAGCGUUCCAACAAGUCUGUGCGAGCAGUGUCCAAAAUUGAAAAGUCUCGACAUGAAAUCGAAUUUUCUAACGGAGAUGCCAAAUUUACGAAAUUGCAGCGAACUGAGGGUUCUGGAUUUGGCCAGUAACGUGAUUCCUUCAUUGCCAGAUGAGCCGUUUAAAGGUCUGAACAUGUUACACGACCUGCUUCUGUCGAACAACAAGCUGCAAGUGAUCCCAAGCGACGCGUUCGUCGGGUUGUCAAGGUUGCAGGUGUUGGAUCUAGAGAGCAAUUACAUCGAAUAUAUUCAUCCCGAUGCGUUUAAAGAGACGAAACAUUUAGAGGAUUUAAAUCUCGGGAAUAACGUAUUUCCAGCACUGCCAACAUUGGGACUGUCAGGUCUGUUACAUCUUAAGACGUUCAACAACCCAGCAUUAAGAGAAUUCCCGGCUCCCGAAAGGUUUCCACGUGUGCAAACGAUGGUACUGUCGUACGCUUAUCACUGUUGCUCGUUCUUGUCGGUCGAAGUGGAGGAUCCGGUGACCAAGUCCUCCGUUCAAGAGUCGAUCCUGUUCCCAACUGACAACGAUUUUGAUAUGAUCCUCUGGAACUCGAGCUUUACCGAUAUCUGGCCACAGCUUAAUAACAUGACCGACAAAUUUGGCUCGCAAAUAAAUGAACUUUGGGCUAACUUUGGUUCAGAUUUUACGUACCCUGGUAACCUGCCCUCAUACGUUGAGGAUUAUUUUGAAGAGCAGAACAGCCGAGCUACCCAACCAGCUCGAACACUGCCUUCUCACGUACAGUGCCUACCUCAACCUGGUCCUUUUCUACCCUGCCAGGAUCUCUUCGACUGGUGGACUCUACGUUGUGGUGUAUGGGUAGUAUUUCUGCUCGCCAUGCUUGGGAAUGGAACUGUAGCGUUCGUGUUAAUAUUCUCCAGGAGCAAGAUGGAUGUCCCACGAUUUCUCGUUUGCAACCUUGCAGCAGCAGACCUUUUUAUGGGCAUUUAUCUAGGUCUUUUGGCGGUGGUGGACGCUUCUACCCUAGGAGAAUUCCGGAUGUAUGCCAUACCAUGGCAAACUUCCGCUGGAUGCCAGUUAGCCGGCUUUCUAGGUGUUUUCAGUUCUGAGUUAAGCGUGUAUACGUUAGCAGUUAUUACUCUAGAAAGGCACUACGCCAUAAUACAUGCCAUGCACCUGAACAAGAGACUUUCUCUCAAACACGCUGGUUAUGUAAUGAUUGCUGGCUGGGGUUUUGCUCUGUCGAUGGCAAGUUUACCCCUAGUCGGUGUAUCAGAUUACAGAAAGUUCGCUAUAUGCUUACCAUUCGAGACCAAUGGAAACGCGGCGUUGGCGUACGUGACCUUUCUCAUGCUGAUCAAUGGCGUUGCGUUUCUCAUAUUAAUGGGAUGCUAUCUGAAGAUGUAUUGCGCGAUCAGAGGCUCCCAAGCGUGGAACUCAAAUGAUUCUCGAAUUGCUAAGCGGAUGGCUCUGCUGGUGUUCACCGACUUCGUCUGCUGGGCCCCCAUAGCGUUCUUCUCGCUGACUGCCACGUUUGGGUUGCAGCUGGUGUCGCUCGAACAUGCGAAAAUAUUCGCCGUGUUCGUACUGCCAUUAAACUCCUGUUGUAACCCGUUUUUAUACGCCAUCUUGACCAAACAGUUCAAGAAAGAUUGCGUACUUAUUUGCAAGGCGAUCGAGGAGUCCAGGGUGACCAGGGGGAUCGGCAGAUGCCGGCAUAGCUCCAACUUCAGUAACAGGCAGACCCCUGUAAAUACGAAUAGCCUGGUAGAUAGGUCGUCGCGAGAGAAUCAGGCACCGUGCGCCUGUAAUUCAAGAUUACUUGAAACUAGCCAGUGUUCUGGCUAUCGACGAUGGGGCACCAGGAUACUGUGGCCAUGUGCCAGGGACACCAGGCCUAGACACGCACGUAGCGACCAGUACGCUUAUCAAAUCGCGGAGAUCCAACAGAAGCAACAUAAACGAGCCUCGUCGGUGUCCUCCAGUGAAAAUUUCUCUUCGUCUAGAUCGGAUUCCUGGAGACAAACUCAUCAUUGCGGUAUUCCAUUGAGGUUAUUGGAUCCUAAACGAAGAGCUUCUUCGUGGUUGAUCACCAGGAAACCGUCGCAAGAAUCGAACCUCAGUUCCUCCAGGAACGAUUCCUCCGGUUCUGCUACUACUGCCAGCACCAGCACCUGGAGAAUUUCAAGGUCUAGUGCAUCUUUAGAGAUUAAUGCGAGGAACACGCCUAGGCCAACUAGGUCAAAGCCACGACUUACCCGUCAGCUGGCCAUCCAGGAGCCUGAACCACCCGGAUCACCAAGCAGAUUAGCCGUCAGGCUCCUCGCCACCAUACCCUCCGCGGCAGAAACCAGUGACCAGCAAGAUGACGACAAUACGCCGCAAAAUUGAACGAUCUUGCACACACUUCAGUUUGUUAGAGAUUAUAGUCGGUUGUAAUAGAGUAAAGACAUGGGUCAUGUUGCUCCCGAACGGUUUCAGUAUUAAGUGUUCUCUAAGAGGUAUGUGAGGAAGGAGAGAAUCACUCCGUACAUUGACGAUUCUCGUUGUUGCAUGUUUGAGGUGAUUUGAGCGAAGAAAAAAUUGACAAUUUAGUAGAUUCUUCUUUCAACGUUUGUGAUUAAAUACGGUGUUUGUAAUAUACGUAUAUAUAUAAUAUUGUUUAAAAAUAUUACGUCUUUAUUUUUUGUUUUCUUCUGGAUUGUUUCUUUGGUAAGGAGUCUUUUAUAUUGAAAGAUCUGCAAGACGUUGAAAGAGGAAGAAUAUAACUAUACUUUUAUUCUCUUUAUACAAUUAUUUAUGCUAAUUUCAGUAGAAGAGCGAACGAUGUCGUAGAUCGUUUGGACUAGUGGAAGAAACAGGAUCAAUCUACCUUUAUUGACCGUCCGUUACACGUGCACGUAGGCAAUUGCACCAAGUGCAACCGGUGAAUACAAUAGUCAUAUUCGUUAAAUACUGCCAAGGAUUUUUAACAUGUUGACUGUCAAAGGAAUUUUAUACUUUUUACGAACAUUGCAUAAAAUGAUAUUUCGUUUAUACCAAUAUAAAAAGAAAGUAAAGAUACAACAGCAGAGAAUUUGCUAUAAUAUUUUUCAUAUGUAAUAUUUAUUUCUAUGUAUAAGUGUAAUCUGAAAAUUUAUCACGUAUUAUAAAGUUUCACCAAAAAAAAUUUCCAAGACAGGCAACGUGUUUAUUUAAUAGUAUAACAUACUAAUUUAAUUUGACAGAAGAAUUCAAACAUAUGGAGAAACGUGUCAAUUUCAUUGGGUUUUCUACCAUAAGAAGAGUUGUAACUUCAAAUCCAUGACGAUGAACUCAACGUUCUACUAUAGUUUUCAAUUAAAAUUAGAGCGUUGAACUAUUUAUUGAUAACUUAAAAAUAGGGCACACAGUAUUCUUUCUUCUUCUCUUUUUUCUUUUUUUUUUUUUUGUGGAAAAUUAUUCGACUCAAUAGGAACUCGAAUGCUUCUUUAUUCGUUGUUCAAAAGAAAAUCUGUUUAUCGCGAAAUCAGUAUUUCAAAUCCAUUGUUCGAUUGUUAAUAAGUAUGCUUGUGUUUUCAUAAGACUGAUGGUUUAUACAAUUUGUCCUAUAAUUCUGGAUUUCUAGUUGAAAAUCUGAACACGUAAUACGAUUUCUAAUCAAGUAUCAUGAUACCAGUGACGAAAUAUCUAACGAUUAAUUUAUUUGUUAAUAUCCAAGUUGGUCGAUAAAUUCUCAAAUAAGUUGGAUUACAUUGAAAUUUGAAUGUACUCAAUGAAUAAAUCCUUUUUAUGUAAAAACAUCUUUGUAGGGCAGGAAAAUUGAUCUUAGCCUGAGUCAUGUAGCAGUAUACAAUUAUUUGAGAAUUUAUAGACUAACUUGAAGCCAAUGUAUCCAUUGCUGUGAUCGUUAAUCACAAAGAUGAACGACCAUAGAUUUGUGCAGUUAUAGUUAGUUGAUCGUUAGGUCACAGUUAGACCAUUCUAGCCUAAAGACUAUUAUAAGAUCGUUACGGCGUGUGCAGAUGUUUAUACAUGGUUUUAAAUUAAUGACAAAGAUAUUCGCUAGUAUUAGUUACCGGACUUAAUUGUUGAUGAGUGUGUUAUUUCGUUCUUCGCGCAAUUGUUUCCAUGUUUAAUGCCGUUUGAGACCUUCAGAUUGUAUUUCUUGCCUUUUUGGGAGGAUAUUCUAUAGUUACAUCCAGUUUUAUCAAAUAGGCAGUACCUUUUAGACUUUUAAUAAAACUUAGGAAAGAGAGAAUAGAAAUCAAUAAAGAAAUUAUAAAAUAAUCUUAUAUAUAUUGUAUUAUACAUUAUAUAUAAAAUAAUUAUUCGUAAGAAAAAAAAACAACACACUUGAUCACUGCAACCUGAUAAAACUAUUUGGACUAUAGACUUUAACAUAUUGUUUCAGAGAAAAACUAGAAUUUACAUCUGAAAAUCUUGAACUGUAUAAACUGUAUGAACCUAAGCCACAGAAGGCUACAAAUUCUAAUUUGCUGCAACCAUGUCUAAUUUUGUCGGCAGUCAACAUUGGUGUAAAACCGAUGGAAAACAUGUUUUGCGUGUGUGUCCGGUCCAAACUAUUUAAUAACGUUUUUCUAAUAAAAUAGCGCAUUACGACCAA